AGCGACAAAGGCUUGUUUGCGCACAUGAAAUACUUUCAACUUCAAUUAGUUGACAUCACUGCGGAGCAACAAAGAACCUUUUUGAGACAAGUACUUGAGCAAGAGAAAACUGAUACAGAGCAUUUUGUGCAAAAAGAAUUGAAUCACAAGUAAUGUCUCAUGAUGUCAAAAAAACUGAACCUAAAUUUAGAAGAGAUGAAUUUGAAUUACUUUCACAACAACCAGAGCAAGUUUAUAUUAGACCACUGGAUUCAUCUGGGAAUAGACCAGUGGAAGAAUCUGCGGAUAGGUCAAUAGAUUUAUCUGAGGAUAGAUCAGUAGAUUCAUCUGGGGAUAGAUCAGUGGAUGCAUAUAAGGAUGUAGCAGUGGAUUCAUCUGAAGAAAGAUCAGUGAAUUCAUUUGGGGAGAGAUCAGUUGAUCCUUCUGAAGAAAGACCAGUGGAUCCAUCUGGGGAUAUAUCUGUAAAUUUAUCUGGGGAUAGAUCAGUAGAUCCAUCUGAAAAUAGAUCAGUGAAUUCAUUUGGGGAUAGAUCAGUUGAUCCUUCUGAAGAAAGACCAGUGGAUCCAUCUGGGGAUAUAUCUGUAAAUUUAUCUGGGGAUAGAUCAGUAGAUCCAUCUGAAAAUAGAUCAGUGAAUUCAUCUGACGUUACACCAGUUGAUGUUCCUGCAUCCCUUUUAGAUGUAGAAACAUUCACUGCAAGACCUCAAAACAGCCUCGCAAAUAAUCUGAUGACCUUUAUAAUGGUUUUGUUUAUCGUUGGAAUUCUACUGAUGCUCAUAUUGUUACCUUUGAGUUUAGCUGAUUUAGAAUAUUAUGAGAUGGGAUUUGUAAAGAACAAAAUUACUGGCAGCGUGGACACUGAGAAAGUUUAUUAUGGUGGCAGACAUUUCAUCGGACUUGCAAAGACAUUUAAAAUAUUUCCUUUUAAUUUACAUACUGAAAGAUUCCCGAAGGUUUCUAUAUACAAUAAAGAAAAGAUCGAAGUAACUUUGAAUUGUUCACUUCAGUACGCAUUAAAAAGUGAGGAUUUACACUUGCUGCAUGAUAUUUAUGAUGUUUCAUAUAGACCUGUUUUCAGAGCAGUCAUACUUGCUACUAUCAAGGGAGCUGCAACACAAUAUACAAUAGAAGAAUACAGGCUGAAGAGGAGAGUAGUGGAGCAAGGUCUUUCAGAUGAUGUUGCUAAAUCUUUGGGUGGCAAUUGUUGUCCUCCAAACUGCAGUAAUAACGAAUGCAAAGAUUGCAUACCACACAAAAACUGCAGUGCGAACGAAAAAGGAUUAUUCGCUUCUUUAAAAUACUUUCAUCUACAACAUAUCUCCAUCACUAAACAGCAGGAAAGCAUUUUUUUGCGACAAGUUCUCGAGCAAGAGAAGAAACACACUGAAGUGUACAUCCAACAAGAAAUGUUAAUGCGUAAGAGAACUGACGAAAAGCGAAUUGCUAUCGAAAUGCUGACUAAAGAAUUGUCGCAAGUCGCUGUAGCCAGGAGCAGUUUGAUCACGUCCAAGGCUCAGGUUGCGGCCGAAGCUAGACUGAACGCAGCUAGAAACCAUGGCUUGAAUCUUGUAUACUCUGCUUUGAAUAUCAGUAAAGAAGAAAAAAAACUGUCGUUCGACUAUCUCCGGACUUUAACAGACUCUACAAAAGCCAAGUUAUUUUUAGAUUUUCAAUAUAUGGUAGCGGAGCCAUAACUAGCAGAUUCAUGUACCGAAAAAACUCGAAUGAAAAUUAAAUGCGAAAAUUUGAAGAAUUUAAACACCUUCUUGAACUAAAACUUUUUUGAAUUAAGGCCGCUUUUAUAAAGACCCUUCAAUUAACACCCCUUAAAUAAAAAUCUCUUUAAAUGAAAGCCUUUAUCAGAGUAUUAAAAAUUUUUUUUAUAAGUUUUGUGAUGUUCGUAAAUCUUUUAAAAACAUUAAUCUUGCUGGUACACCAUGGAAUAGAUUGUUUUGCAAGAAACACCCAAGUAAAAGUUUAACCUGGUGCCAAAGUCGUAGCGCUUACUGGACGACGCCGGCAUCAAUGUCAAAAACGCAAAUACCCCUGGGGACGAGGUUGGGGCAUGAAGCGCGUAGCAUAACUUUACUUUGGUAUGCAAUCGAGUUAUGAAAUUUUGUGACUUUUCCUAACUUUUGAUGAGAAAAAUUGCGUUUUUCUGACGGGUGUAAUUUUUUGUAAAUUUUAUUCGUAUGAAAAUAUAAAUAUAGUGUAAAAUUGAUUCACAUAGAAAUAUAAAUAUAUUUGUAAAAUUGCAUGUAUGAAUUUUUAAGAUGUUUUAUUGGCAAUGUAGUUAUUUGUUACAUAAAUAGGACCCAUAUAAGGAAAUAUAUGGGUCCUGGAGAUAAAAUAGAGACCGGAUUUUAAGGAAAUAUCCUGCGAAAUGACGUCAUUUCUAA